AUGCCGCAAAAGCCGCUGCUCAAGGCGAACAAGAAAUUGGAGAAGAAGCAGGCGGCUAAUCGCCAUGGAAAAACACCCAAGACAAAGAAGGGCUCGCUCGCAAUCAAGCCGAAGAGGGCGGCGCUUCAGGGGGACUACAAGGACCAGCAGGAGCUGAGUAAGAUGAUCAACAAGAAGAAUGAGUCAAAUUUCGCCGCCAAGGCGGAGCAGGCGGGGGGCCAGAUGAAGAUGGUCAAGGCGCCGCCGCCUGUGCUGGCGCCAGCGGACGCCAAAAAGCGCGCCAAGGAAGCCAAAGAGACCAAGAGGGCCGGAGCGGCUGCAAUGCAGGACUGA